AUGGUUGACAGUCUUUACUCCAGCAAUCAUACUGUAUGCCUUUUCUAUUGUUGUCAAUCUUUGUAGGACGGGACAAACAAGCUUGUGUGUUAUUGUGUUCGGAAGCCGGACAAAUUGGAUAACAUUGCCAAAUAUUUGCACAAAAGACUUUCUUGCGAUUUAAAUCAUCUGAAUUAUGAGUAAUGUUUUUUGUGAUCCUCACGCAAUCCUUGAAGAAACGUCAACAUAACAGUUGAAGCCAUGAGCGCCCUAGUCAACGCUUGUUACGCUGUAAAGCUGAAUUUGUUUGACUCAAGCUUCCUUAAAAUGGUACAACUCCUACUUGAGUCUAAACUACCCGAACUGCAGCUACUGGGAACAAAAUCAGUAUUUGAAUUGUCAGUAGUUUACCGUUUUAGUUCCUUGCGUUUUCUCAAAUUGAAGAAGAUGCCCCAAAUUACCACAGGGAGUAUGACGAACUGAUUGACCAGUUUUGUCGCAUGUCGUAUUCUAAUCUACCUGACAUCGAACAGAGGAAAAAGUACUCCUUUUGAUUCUAACUCGCCCUUCAGGGUUCGCGUUGCAGGAAUACAAGGUUUACAGGGCGUCGUUAGGAAAACUGCUCGCGACCAAUUGAGGAUGAAUGUGUUACAGAGCGCUAGCAUGGAUCAAAUCAUCCCUGCGCUUCUUUUUAAUAUUCGGGAAGGGUAAUAUGAAGGACUAACUUAUACUCGUUUUCAUGGGAUUUGUUUUCGCCUCUCCUUAAUCCCUUUCUAUCAAUUUGUGUUCGGAGGCAAACCCUAGGUUGGAUCAACUCUUUUUAUACUAUCCAUCAUGGUCAGCGACAUACGGCACAGCUAAACUAACCAAAACCUGGUCGACUGUUGUUUUGCAGUAAAGAGCUGUUCAAAACUUGUCCCUGUUUUGAGUCCACACUACUGUUCUCAUCACUGAGCAAAUGUGUCAUUCGACGGCAGAGACUGUAGUUUUAAGUCGUAAUUCUGUUUUCUCAUCUCAUGAUUUUUGCACGGCCUUCAGAUAGCAUUCAGUAGCCUGAGUAGACAGCGAAUGUUCUGCAAGUGAGUGGCCUCGCCAAAGUAGCUAGUCAACGGUUGUGCACAGGUCCCCGCUUUCCCAAUAGAAUUUAAGUCGACUAGUGCGAGUAUCCGCCUGCUGGAAACUAUUCCAAACGCCACUACUCCCCUGGAGCUUUCGUUUAACCCUGGACCCCCUCCAGCUCUUCCGAGUCCUUGCUAAUUCCUCUCGGAAUUUGGAAACUCUUUGCCACUGAAGAUAAAGCAGUUAAUUCUAUCCACUCUCACUUCCACUCCUCAUCUCUAUGCUCACUACUCAAUCAGCAUAACACCGCAGGGAAGCCGCUCCUGCCUCUUCCGCUAGGUAUCUGCAUUUGUGUGUUCUCCCAAAACUCACUCGGGGUGUCUUCCUAAAUCAAAUCUGGACUUCAUAUGCGAAGUCAUAACAUAGCUUAGUCUCUUCGUGUUGGGCGACAUUCCCCGUCCCGUUGAAAACGUAUUUUUAUGGAUUUCUAAACUUCGUUAACUCUUUAUCUUCGUCGGUUGCGAAAUUUUCUUUCAGCCUUCAACUUGUUCGGGCUUUUAUGACGUCAGUUUCUGUAUUUUCAGGUCUCCUACGGGUCAGGAGCCAGACGAGUCGGAACUUGAGCCUAGCAGGCAGGCGGUGUUUGUUUUCAAAGAUGUUGUUUGCCGAUCAUCCUACACAAACAUUGUACCUGUAGUCAAGGCCAUACUUUCGUAAGUAUUCAUAAUAUACUGCUUAUUCGGAGGGUGUGUAUCUUGGACUAUAUACUAUAUUUUAAAGCUGCCGCCGUAAACUUCAAUUUUUCUCUAAAGACGUAGGUUUCUUCACCUGCGACGUUCGCACUUUCAUGUAUUUACGCAUGCUUUUCACAGGCACUUUAAGACCUUCAGUUCUGAAGAAGUCAAGAAUUAAGCCAAAAUGUCAGUUGAUCCGAAUCACAUGGAGACUCAUGCUUCUCAAAUGACGAUAGUUAUUAUGGUGGUGGUACUGUUGCCAAUGAUGAUCGUAAUGUUGAGGCAUAAUGCUAAUUCAGAUGUCCAUAUUUCUCAUCCAGGUUUCUUAGCUGUACUUUUUGUUCUUGGUAGAAAACCAGUUAUCCCACACUAAGCACAUAGUGUGUGGGGACACAACUAGUAUGGAGUUUUCGUCCUGUUCAUUCACUUCGACCGUCGUGAACGACAGUGUCCACCGCACGCCUCAGAGCGUGGUAGUGGGGUUUUUCUAACAAUGUUCCGGGACUUUUGGCGACUUCUUGUUUUUAAGCUCUACCAUUUUUAUUUUCUUUAGAAACUAGUCGACUGAAAAGUACAUACGAUUUAUGGACUAUAAUUACUCAACAAAUUUAAAGACCUAGGAGCCUCCAUUAAUGAUAGUGAGCUGUGUAAAUGGCUUGCUUUACUUAUUUUGCAGCAAAUGUUAUCGCGAUUUAUUAAGUCUGUACUAUGUUAAAGCCGGAGUACCUCUUAUAUGAUAAACUUCCGGUACGUAAAGUUCGGAACACUCACUUGUGAAGUUUAAGCAGUUUGUUUGCUAGCUACAUAAUCUGUGAACCACGGGGUCAGCACAUAAACAAGCCCACUGAUUUUGCAAGUAGGGCGGGGUCGCAUUUGAGACCAGAUGACUAUGCAGUAGUUCAUUUGAUGUCCGCCCGUGAGUUCGAAGCCACUCGCAGGUAAUAGAAGCUGUUAGUUGGGCAGAGCGCACCCUGCAUAGCCUAACCCAACGAAGAUCUCGAACCCAAGAUCCUGAGAUAGUUGAAUUAUUCUGUCAUGAAAGCCCCACCUUUCUCAGAAAUUGACGGUUCAGUUAGCAUGGUCGUAGAUAUCCCAACACGUAUCGCAAGCUGGGUUCUCAAGUUCCUGGAUGACAGCGGUGGCAAGAAAAAUCUGUGUAAUAAUGGUUCGUAAAUACUACUACUACUACUACUACUACUACUACUACUACUACUACUACUACUACUACUACUACUACUACUACUACUACUACUACUACUACUACUACUACUACUACUACUACUACUACUACUACUACUACUACUACUACUACUACUACUACUACUACUACUAACUACUACUAACUACUAACUUCUAACUACUAACUAACUACUAACUACUACUACCACUACUACUACUACUACUACUACUACUACUACUACACCAUCACUGUUACUGAGGCCAUCGCCGUCAUCCAGAGUAGCCGAUUUGUUGGAAUUAGGCAGCUCGCUUCAUUUUAACACUAUUUGUUUGCCGAUUGCCUUUUUAUCAGACACAGAUGCAUGUUUAUUUUACAACUGAUUUAUCCGAAUGGCACGUAGUGGAACAGGCAGCAACGCUAAGAGGCAAGCUCCACCACAAUCCAUUCCUCCUCAUAAACAAUGCCUCACGGGACCACCCUUUCGUACAUCGUUGGGUGUUUUAUUAUUUUCUUUGAGAAGCCAUUCGUUUUGUGCGAGUCGAGGGCUUUUGGAAUCAUAUUUCCCCUCCUAUGGCCGCAAAAAUCUGUCAGCACAGUUGGUCCUGUUGCAUAAUUCAAGGAAGGGCGAGAAGACCACUCUGCAAGGCAUCCGUUUUUACAGCCAAGUACUCCUUCACCUUAGACGCACCGAGUAUACCAACUCGGCUAGAGUCCCGAACUCCUAAUAGAGGAAAUAAUGGUGUCCGUCUGUCAUCACCAUAAGGCUUUCUUCAUCGAAUUUUUACAAGCAAUUCAAAAACAGACGGUAACACCCAGUCACAGUCAUAGGAACCCAUAUUGUGCUAGUUACACUGGAGGCAUCCAUCUAAGCAAAAUACUGUUGUCUCAGGGGAUGGGCGAACUCCCUGAAGCUAUCACGAAGCGUAUUUUUGGUAUUAUUCAGGCCGAUCGUCAGACUGUGGGGUAAAGCCGAAGAGCGAGGUAGAGCUCUCUUGUGUUGCUGAUUACAAAAGAGCAUCUUAAUCCACCCUCGCUAAUGUUUUUUCCAUUAGUUUUUAUUCAGUGCUUAUGGAGUUGUCUCAACUUACGCCUGCUGCGAUUAAGAUGACUAACCGAAGCCCCAACUGACGGCAUUCUAUGACUCAUGUCUUACCAGUGUCGAGCGCCUCAGCAACCAUGCUUGUCAACCGUUGACAGAGACUAUUAAACACCUUGCUAUAUUGUCUGGUUCAGCUUGUCGGCUUGAUCGACAUUCGAGAAGUGGAACUCUACAGCAUUUAGGGAGAAAGACGUGGUCAGUCUCUCUGGCUGUCUAGAAGUCCUAUGAGCGGGCCUUCACGUUUUAACCCCUGUUGUUAAUCACAGCCCCUGGGUCUUCACGAAACCGAAAAGUUGGUCACCGUCGGCAUCUUAAUAUUUGAUGACCAAAUUAUCAUGGGCACGAGGGAUCCUUGGACCGCCCCAACUUAUGUGCACGUUCAACUAGUAUCAUAAGUUCUCUGAGACGGAUGUUGAACAUUGGUUUAUAGAUACGCGUGCAGAACGCCUUCUUUUGAAGAAAGCCCUUCUCAAACCUUGGUCGUAGCCAGUAAUCCCAAGUCCGAACGGCUAUCCACCUGCCGGCCGUAUGGAGCUAUAUGGAGAGAUUGUAAGCUUUGACGGCAAUGUCCUGUCUGAUUUCGGGUCUGCUACAUAGGCAAAACAUUCUCCAAUGUAGUUACCAUAUAGUAUUUUUCCGUCAGAUACGAAAGCCGUCAUGCCUACAGUGAGGAAACAAUACCAGUUAGGACAUCAGAUGGGAUAAUUUUACAACUGCAAUAAAAGGUCGUAUUUACAGCCCCACCACAGACAUCCCACGUAGCCUUGUCGCAUGCGUCGCCACAGCAAAAGUGGUUAGCACUGUCAGAUCCGGGCGCUUUAGAGUCAUCAGAAAUUUCCAUCCUCUUCUUCCAACCACUUGCAUUUUUCUACUUUAACGGAGAAAACUGAAUGCCCCUUGUUUCUUCUCGGUUAUCGAUGCUAUCGUCUACGUCCUAACCCUGACACUAACAGUAACCAUAGCUUCAACCCCGAUCUGCCUGGAAUUUAGGGCAAUACAGCCUCUAUUAUGGGGGAGAGUUCCUGUACCCGUGUCCUACCAUUCUUUCUACUGCCAAAUAAAAGCAUUAUUUUCCUCCUGUCCCCUUCCUCGCCCACUCUCCCUUGCCUCCCUGUUCAAACCUCUGUUUGUUCUUCUUCAAUCAGGUAUCUGGAUGGACAACGCAUCUGGGUACCUAGCGACUUUGCACUCCUCAUCUUCGGAUAUCUCCUGGACUCCAUCAAAGUCAGUUAUUCUUAUGUGUCAGUCUAA